GGGAGGGAAGGAACUCUGCAUGGCUGUGAUAUUCUCGCAUCUUGGAUGGGGCUUUUCCUCUGGUUUUGUCCCUGUCACUGGCCACCCUGUGUCCCCAGGAGCAGGCAGCGGUAUAGCGGUGCACGGACGAGUUGUUAGCCACGGAGGGAGCUGGGGAUGAAUCAUCCCCAACAAAGAGCUUUCGAGAUGGCAGUGUGUGUUUCUGCCUGGAGGGAGGAAUGCAUCAGGCUUUCUCAAGCAAGCAGCAGCCUGCAGUGUGCGUCUGCUUGAGAGCCAGCCCUCCUCGACGGUGUGUGUGUGUGUGUGUGUGUGUGUGUGUGUGUGUGUGUGUGUGUGUGUGCAUGUGUGUAUGCAUGUGUGUAUGUGCAAGAGUGUGGGUGUGUGUGUGAGGGAGUGUGUAUAACAAGUGUGUGUGUGUAUAUGUGUGUGCUCACUCUUGCACUCUUCCCUUCCUGGAGGAGAGGCUCUCCUCUUCAGCGAUCGGCAAGGGCCAUCUUGAAUUUGUCAAGCUGUCACUUUUCUGGACCUGACAAUGUUUCGUAAGAAGAAAAAGAAGAGGCCAGAGAUCUCGGCACCAAAGAACUUUGAGCACCGGGUGCACACCUCUUUUGAUGCUAAACGAGGCUGCUUCGUGGGCCUGCCAACCCAAUGGCACAGUUUGAUAGAGAACCUCCGCAGGCCCAAGCCUAUGGUGGACCCCUCCCGGAUCACCCCAGUUGAGCUCAAUCCAAAGAAGACCAUUGUGCGUGGGAGUAUGAUCGGCCAUGGAGACUACAUCUCAGCCAUGAUCUCCGACAUGAGCAGGCUGUCCGUGACCAGCUCCAACUCCCUAAGGAAGAGCAGCCCUUCAGGCAGGAAGAGGGCCCAGUCCCUUGGCAGGCUGGGGGAGGUGAAGGAGGGGGACACCUACCAGUAUGAAGACCUGGGAGAGGAUGACAUGGAGCAGCAGUGGAGGGACAGGGCUCAUAACAUCCACAGUGAGAGUGGGAUGCCCCAAAUGGGCAUGAAGAAGAGCAUCACCCUGCAGCCCAACGGGGAUCUUCCCAGGGCUAAGUCCACCUACGAGGUGAGUGUCAGCUCUCUGGAGGGACCCCCGGUUCCAUCCCAGCCCAUACAGGUGCCUAUUAAAGGGGCUUAUAUCAGCUGUGAGGUGGGCAGUCCCACAGAGAGACUGAUGGUGAGGAGAGAUUUCCAGGUGCCGAGGGUUAUGCCACACAACCAGAGGCCCUUCUCAUGCUUCUACAACCCAGCCAUGGCUGUCCAGCAGCCCCAUCCUGACCAUGGGCGUCACCCCCCUCCGGAGUACCGCACCAACCUCUACAUCCACUCACAUAACAGCCCUAGCAGACCAUACUCCUCCUACGACCUGAAGGCAGAGUCGGCUCUGAGGCACCACCAGUCAGGCUUCCUACCCAGCACCCCCAGCAGUCCCUUCAUGAGUGGCAUCAGACCCCACAGGACAGUGCGCUCCUCAGCCAGCUACACCCUGGGACUGUCUCCCAACAUGGGCCUGAGACUCAAUGGGCCUGACCCUUUUUUGAGACACUCAGGGUGCCCUAAUGCUCCCUUCCCCAGGCAGGACAGCCCCUCCCAGCCCCGGCCCUCCCCCACCGGCUCCCUGGCCACCAGCCCCCCAGGCACAUGCUCCCCUGCUUUCAGACCCCCUCAGCACCCCCAGAGGCCGCCACCAGACCCCCCCAGGGUGACCCAUGAACAGUUUAAGGCUGCCCUGCAGAUGGUGGUAGACAAGGGGGACCCUCGGUCGUACCUGGAGAACUUUGUGAAGAUUGGAGAAGGGUCCACAGGGGUGGUGUGUAUCGCUCGGGAGAAACACAGUGGCAGGCAGGUGGCCGUGAAGAUGAUGGACCUGCGGAGACAACAGCGAAGAGAGCUGCUUUUCAACGAGGUGGUGAUCAUGAGGGACUACCAGCACAGGAACGUGGUGGAGAUGUUUAAGAGUGCCCUGGUGGAGGAGGAGCUCUGGGUCAUCAUGGAGUACAUAGAGGGUGGAGCACUAACCAACAUCGUGUCUGAGACCAGGCUGAGUGAGGAGCAGAUAGCCACAGUGUGUGAGGCUGUGCUGCAAGCCCUGGCCUACCUUCACUCCCAGGGAGUCAUCCACAGGGACAUCAAGAGUGACUCCAUACUGCUAACACUGGAUGGGAGGAUCAAGCUGUCAGACUUUGGGUUCUGUGCACAGAUCAGUAAGGACAUUCCCAAGAGGAAGUCUUUAGUAGGAACACCCUACUGGAUGGCUCCGGAGGUCAUCUCUAAAUCUCCAUACAGCACUGAGGUGGAUGUGUGGUCUCUGGGCAUCAUGGUAGUUGAGAUGGUGGACGGAGAGCCCCCCUACUUCAGUGAGACCCCCGUUGCAGCCAUGAGAAGACUGAGGGAUGAGCCAGCUCCCACCGUACGGAACACAACCCAGGUAUCCCCGGUGUUGAAAGACUUCCUGAACCGUAUGUUGACCCGGGACCCAGUGGAGAGGGCCAGCGCCACAGACCUGCUAGAACACCCCUUCCUCCUGCAGAGCGGCUCCCCGCAGUGCCUGGUGCCCCUGGUGGAGCAGUACCGCAAGCGCAUGUCUCACUGCUGAUCCCAUGGUGGACCCUGAUCCCUGAUUACUACUGUACCCACCCUGAGUGUGAUCUGCCCAGGCCCAACCCACCCAGCACCCACCCCAGUGUGGGAGCAGCACCAGAGAGCAGAUCCAUACCCAGAGAUCCUGGUGCUGUUACAGAGCUCAUGGCAUCAGGCCUGUAGGCUUGGUAAACAAUGGCACAGCAUGGGCCUAGAGACCUACUGUAAGAAGCACUUUAGCAGUGAGUUGGUGUAGUGAAACAGUAGCAUGCAAACAAACAGUAUUCCUAACUCAUUUCAACAACGUCUGGUUCUACCUGUGAUAGACAACAUCCAAUGGGAUUCCUCCCGACACAACACCAAUCUAGCCUUGGUACAUUAUAUACAGACUUGAAAUCCAAGGGAACUGUAAACUGCAUUGUGAACUUUUACUGUAAUUGAGCAGUUUCCCAUUGUAGUGUUUGGAUAAUAGUGAAUUUUCAGCUUGUGCUAUAGACUCAAGUUAUGGUAGCUCAUGACUUGGAGAGAAGCUUGAUGUUACAUACCUCUACAACCAUAUGGGACACUGACUGAAGUUCACCUUGUCAGUAAACAAUUUGCAUGGCCAAAUGAAGGCAGACCUGGCCUGAUCAGAAUGUUUAAAACAUGCUACUAUGAGAGACCUGCCGCCAGUAUCACCAUGACUACCAUAAAUGUGUAGAUGAGAGGAUGUCUGUUCGUUUUUAUUGUGCUCAAGCAAUCAUUUUCCUUUUAAUAUUUAUUCUAUUUUGCUUUCCCGAAAAGUGUUGUGAAUGGUUUGUAACGUGAAAUUGCAAAUAAGUUUUCAGUUUAUAAUAUCAACUUGAAAUGUAGCAGAUGAACAAAUAAUGUAAAUACAUCCUGUAUAUUAGGACUUACUUGCAGAGCCACUGUACUUAGACUACCGCUCAAAAGUUUGGGGUCACUUAGAAAUGUCCUUGUUUUCCAUGAAAACAUACAUGAAAUGAGUUGCAAAAUGAAUAGGAAAUACAGUCAAGACGUUGACAAGGUUAUAAAUAAUCAUUUUUAAUUUAAAUAAUUGUGUCCUUCAAACUUUAAUUUCGUCAAAGAAUCCUCUAUUUGCAGCAAUUACAGCCCUGCAGGCUUUUGGCAUUCUAGUUGUCAAUUUGUUGAGGUAAUCUGAAGAGAUUUCACCCCAUGCUUCCUGAAGCACCUCCCACAAAUUGGAUUGGCUUGAUGGGCACUUCCUACGUACCAUACGGUCAAGCUGCUCCCACAACAGCUCAAUAGGGUUGAGAUCCGGUGACUGUGCUGGACACUCCAUUAUAGACAGAAUACCAGCUGACUUCUUCUUCCCUAAAUAGUUCUUGCAUCGUUUGGAGCUGUACUUUGGGUCAUUGUCCUGUUGUAGGAGGAAAUUGGCUCUAAUUAAGCGCCGUCCACAGGGUAUGGCAUGGCGUUGCAAAAUGGAGUCAUAGCCUUCCUUAUUCAAGAUCCCUUUUACCCUGUACACAUCUCCCACUUCACCACCACCAAAGCACACCCAGACCAACACAUUGCCUCCACCAUGUUUGACAGAUGGCGUCAAGCACCCCUCCACUAUCUUCUCCUUUUUUCUGCAUUUCACAAAUGCUCUUCUUUGUGAUCCGAACACCUCAAACUUAGAUUAGUUUGUCCAUAACACUUCUUUCCCCAUCUUCCUCUGUCCAGUGUCUGUGUUCUUUUGCCCAUCUUAAUCUUUUAUUUUUAUUGGCCAGUCUGAGAUGGCUUUUUUUGUGCAACUCUGCCUAGAAGGCCAGCAUCCCGGAGUCGCCUCUUCACUGUUGACAUUGAGACUGGUGUUUUGCAGGUACUAUUUAAUGAAGCUGCCAGGUGAGGACUUGUGAAGCAUCUGUUUCUCAAACUAGACACUCUAAUGUACUUGUCCUCUUGCUCAGUUGUGCAUCGGGGCCUCACAGUCCUCUUUCUAUUCUGGUUAGAGACAGUUUGCGCUGUUCUGUGAAGGAAGUAGUACACAGCAUUGACGAGAUAUUCAGUUUCUUGGCAAUUUCUCGCAUGGAAUAGCCUUCAUUUCUCAGAACAAGAGUAGACUGACGAGUUUCAGAAGAAAGUACUUUGUUUCUGGCCAUUUUGAGCCUGUAAUCGAACCCACAAAUGCUGAUGGUCCAGAUACUCAACUAUUCUAAAGUAGGCCAGUUUUAUUGCAUCUUUAAUCAGAACAGCUGUGCUAACAUAAUUGCAAAAGGGUUAUCUAAUGAUCAAUUAGCCUUUUAAAACGAUAAACUUGGAUUAGCUAACACAACGUGCCAUUGGAACACAGGAGUGAUAGUUGCUGAUAAUGGGCCUCUGUAUGCCUGUGUAUAUAUUCCAUUAAAAAUCAGCUGUUUCCAGCUACAAUAGUCAUUUACAACAUUAACAAUGUCUACACUGUAUUUCUGAUCAAUUUGAUGUUAUUUUAAUGGACAAAUAAAAGUGCUUUUCUUUCAAAACAAGGACAUUUCUAAGUGACUCCAAACUUCUGAACGGUAGUGUAUAUGGUAUGAAUUUAACUUAAUUUUUUAAAGUGUGUGUUUAUGCCUGGAUGCUGUUUUAGUGUUUGCCUCAACCAUCCCUUCCACUGUGUUGCAACCAACUUUUUAAACUACAGAAUGUGUGUGUUGCUACAGAAAAUGUAUGCGUGACAGCAUUUGCAUUGGUUUGCAAAGAUAAAGCACACAGGCUUGGCAUGUGAUGCUGAAGAACGUCCACCAGCUGAGAACACAUUGCACAUUGUCUUUGUAUUCUUACCAGUGAUACAAUAUAUUUAAUGUAUUAGUAUUUCUAUGUAGGACAUUUAUGACAUUUUGUAAAAAUCAAUAAAUAAUGCAUAUUAACUCUU